CUACUAACGUUGUGUUUUGCGAGUUCUCACAUGCGCUGUAGCGAUCGUGUCGCUGAGACGCGUGUUUCGUUCACGCUGACGUCAGAAACCUAACCUAUUCCAGUCUCGUAGAUCGUAAAAAUGGUAACAGAAAGUGAUUCAGUCGUGUAAGAGAGUCUGUGGCGGGUUGUCUUGUCGUCUUAUUUUCGUAGUAGUUCCGCUUAAGUCGUUUGUGCUCGCAGCCCACGUGCGUCGAUUUACCGGUGCGCGAUUGAUUUUUGCGUAAUGGGCGAAGAAUCACAAGCCAGUGACGGGAAAGUUGUUCUAAAGCGUAAAAUAACACUGUUCAAUGGAGUGGGAAUUAUAAUUGGGACUAUAAUCGGCUCUGGAAUUUUUAUUUCGCCAACUGGAGUUUUUUUAAACACUGGAUCGGUAGCUGCUUCCUUGAUAAUAUGGCUCGUCUGUGGACUUCUUUCGACUCUAGGAGCUCUCUGCUACGCCGAGCUCGGGACUUCCAUCACCAGAUCGGGUGGCGAUUACGCGUACAUCUACACAGCCUUCGGGCCGCUCCCGGCGUUUCUUAGGAUGUGGAUAGCGCUGCUCAUCAUCAGGCCGACGACCCAGGCCAUCGUGGCGCUGACUUUCGGACAUUACGUCGUGAAGCCGUUCUUCCCUGAAUGCAGCCCGCCUCAGGACGCUGUCAAGUUACUGGCUGCGGUGUGUCUAUGUAUCCUGACCGCUAUCAACUGCAUCAGCGUACGAUGGACGAUGCGCAUCCAAGAUGUGUUCACCACUUCGAAACUCCUGGCGCUGGUGGUCAUCAUCAUCUCUGGAAUCUACUAUUUGUGUGCAGGUCACACAGAGAACUUCGAAAAACCUUUCGAGGGCGACUACACCGCGGGAAAGGUGGCACUGGCUUUCUACUCUGGCCUCUUUGCUUUCGGAGGUUGGAACUACCUCAAUUUCGUCACGGAAGAACUGCAGGAUCCUUACAAGAACUUGCCGCGUGCGAUAUGGAUCGCAAUGCCGAUGGUGACCAUUAUCUACGUUAUGGCCAACAUGGCCUACUUCGCCGUAGUCUCGAAGGGGGAGAUGAUGACUAACGCUGCUGUCGCUGUGGUCUUCGGCGACCGUCUAUUCGGUGGCUGGCGCUGGGUGAUCCCCGUUUUCGUAGCCCUGUCGACCUUCGGAGGGGUCAACGGGGUUUUGUUCACGUCAGCUCGGCUGUUCGCGACGGGAGCGCAGGAGGGACACAUGCCGGCCUUCUUCACGCUGUUCCACGUGAACAGACAGACGCCUAUACCGUCGCUUAUUUUUACUUGUCUCUUCUCCUUACUCAUGUUGACGACAAGCAACGUGUUCGAUCUGAUCAACUACUUCUCGCAAACGCUGUGGCUGUCCGUCGGCGCUUCCGUGGUGGGUAUGCUCUGGCUGCGGCGGACCAAGCCCGACAUCCCGCGCCCCAUCAAAGUUAACAUCAUCAUCCCUUACGUGUUCCUCAUCGCCAUCGCCUGCCUAGUAAUUAUCCCAGCCAUCACCCAGCCAAAGGACACCGCCAUCGGCCUCGCCAUUCUCCUCUCAGGAAUACCCGUAUACUACCUCUGCGUUCGGUGGAAGGACAAACCUAACUCCUACCACUCCUUCUCCGGCUGCAUACUCAGGUUCCUACAGAAACUCUGCUCAUGCAUCUACGUCGACUCCUCCGAAAAACUCGCCGAUAGUUAAAUUAUAUUUAAGCAUAUAAAGGACCAAUAUUUACGCUUAUAGUAAGUGUUAAAAGGCAUUUAUUGGACGAGCUUAUUUACACGGAAUACGUUCAACUUUUACAGACAACAAAAGUUAUAUUUUUGAGAUGUGAUAUUGUGAUUUCAUACAUUUUUUGCACGUUUGUAAAUUAUGCACAAAACAUUAAUAUCAUUGUUCAUAUAAAAUACGUAAUAGUUGACAAUACUGCUAGAAAUAGUUUUGCACAAAAUGGCACUUGAUUUUACAUUUGCAAAGAGUGUUGAGAAACGGUUUUAAUUAUAUAAAGAUCUAAUUUACACAGAUAGCUUAUUAUACACUAAAUUGUCGACGUUAUUGCUAUAGCCAUUGUAGGCAAAAUGUAAUCGUAAUCUCUCUUACUAGGUAAUGAUUAAAGUAUAGAAGUGAAUGGAUGAAGGACAAAGUAGGACGCUUUCGCGCUCGUUUAUAAGUUUACUUCAUGAUUGUUAUCAAUAUUUGUUACGAAAAUAACGUAACGUGCACCGUGUGACUGCAAAAUGGUUGUUUUAUACAUACGAGUAGGCGCCAACCUUAUUUAUGGAGAUGUAGAGAAACUGCGUACUUAUCUACAAGGACUGUCUCGUAGUAACUUUCAUUCCAAUAAUGAUUCAUUCCAUGGAAAAUGAUUACUUAAAACCAGAAAUAAAUAGAAAGUAAGUAAAUA